GCUCCCUGGCUCGCUCGCUCGCUGCGACCCGCUCCCUGCGCCUCCUCCCGGGACUUCGCGGGGACCUGGGCCCCGUCGGGCGCGGGGCGAGCAGAGUCCCCGGGCGGAAGGUGCGCGCUCUGGGCAGCACCCGGCCCCGGGCAUGGACAGAGGGAGGUGGGCGCGCAGGGGGCGCCGCGGGACCGGGCGGCCGGAGCGCUGAGCCAGACAAAGGCUCAGGAGUUGCGCCUGCUCUCGGGAGCCCGGCCCCCGGCGCCGAGGCUGCGGGACCCCGCGGCGGGCGGCUCCGGCCAGCCCCCUCCCCCGCGGGCCGGCCCCGCGCGCCCGGACCUGCCCUGCCCGCUGCUCCUCGGGCGUGGGAAUUUGCGAGGGAACCUAAGCGACUCCGCGGACACUCGGACCGGGAGGUCUGCCGCGCGCCCGCUGGGCGGGGAGCCAGGGAGCGUCGCAAGUUUCCGAGCCGCGUGCGGGGACCCGGUGCCAGCGAGGGAGCGAGCCCCGCGUGCAGCUCCCCGGGCCGGCUCUGAGACCAUGGGCAGCGACCGGAGCGCGCCCGGACGGCCGGGCUGGGCGGGCAGCCUCCUUGGCGGCCGGGAGGCGGCGGUGCGGCCGCGACUGCUGCCGCUGCUCCUGGUGCUUAUGGGCUCCCUGGGCCGCGGCGCCGCGGCGGAGGACGCUGAAGUCAAUGCCGAGAACUGGCUGCGGCUCUACGGCUACCUGCCCCAGCCCAGCCGCCACAUGUCUACCAUGCGCUCUGCCCAGAUCCUGGCCUCAGCCCUCGCCGAGAUGCAGCGCUUCUAUGGGAUUCCCAUUACGGGUGUGCUUGAUGAAGAGACCAAGGCGUGGAUGAAGCGGCCCCGCUGUGGGGUUCCGGACCAGUUCGGGGUUCACGUAAAAGCCAAUCUGCGGCGGCGGCGGAAGCGCUAUGCUCUCACUGGGAGGAAGUGGAACAACCACCACCUGACCUUCAGCAUCCAGAACUAUACAGAGAAGCUGGGCUGGUACCACUCGCUGGAGGCGGUGCGCAGGGCCUUCCACGUGUGGGAGCAGGCCACGCCCCUGCUCUUCCAGGAGGUGCCCUACGAGGACAUCCGGCUGCGGAGGCAGAAAGAGGCUGACAUCAUGGUACUCUUUGCCUCUGGCUUCCAUGGCGACAGCUCACCAUUCGAUGGCACAGGUGGCUUUCUGGCCCAUGCCUAUUUCCCUGGCCCUGGUCUGGGCGGGGAUACCCAUUUUGAUGCAGAUGAGCCCUGGACCUUCUCCAGCACUGACCUGCAUGGGAACAGCCUCUUCCUGGUAGCAGUGCAUGAGCUGGGCCACGCGCUGGGGCUGGAGCACUCAAGCAACCCCAGCGCCAUCAUGGCCCCAUUCUACCAGUGGAUGGACACCGACAACUUCCAGCUGCCCGAGGAUGACCUCCGGGGCAUCCAGCAGCUCUAUGGCACCCCAGAUGGUCAGCCACAGCCCACCCGGCCCCUCCCCACUGUGACUCCCCGGCAGCCAGGCCGACCAGACCAUCGGCCCCCCAGACCUCCCCAGCCACCACCCCCAGGUGGGAAGCCAGAGCGGCCCCCGAGGCCAGGCCCCCCAGCCCAGCCCCGAGCCACGGAGCGGCCUGACCAAUAUGGCCCCAACAUCUGCGACGGGGACUUUGACACAGUGGCCAUGCUACGUGGGGAGAUGUUCGUGUUCAAGGGCCGCUGGUUCUGGCGGGUCCGGCACAACCGCGUCCUGGAUAACUAUCCCAUGCCCAUUGGGCACUUCUGGCGUGGUCUGCCCGGUGACAUCAGUGCUGCCUACGAGCGCCAAGACGGGCGCUUCGUCUUUUUCAAAGGUGACCACUACUUUCUCUUCCGGGAGGCAAACCUGGAGCCUGGCUACCCACAGCCGCUGACCAACUAUGGCCUGGGCAUCCCCUACGACCGCAUCGACACAGCCAUCUGGUGGGAGCCCACAGGUCACACUUUCUUCUUCCAAGAGGACAGGUACUGGCGCUUCAAUGAGGACACACAGCGUGGAGACCCCGGCUACCCCAAGCCCAUCAGUGUCUGGCAGGGAAUCCCCGCCUCCCCCAGAGGGGCCUUCCUGAGCCACGAUGCAGCCUACACCUACUUUUACAAGGGCACCAAGUACUGGAAGUUUGACAACGAGCGCCUGCGAAUGGAACCCGGCUACCCCAAGUCCAUCCUGCGGGACUUCAUGGGCUGCCAGGAGCACGUGGAGCCGGGACCCCGAUGGCCUGACGUGGCCCGUCCGCCCUUCAACCCUGACGGGGCUCACGGGAAGGAACGGCCAGCUUCCUGCCCAUCCACAGCCACCCAGACUGCAGUGGGCUCCUCCGUGAAGGUCUGAGAGGAGCAGGCCUUCCUGCUCCUCCACAGCCUCUGGUCGUGCCUCCGGGUCCCGGGGCUGCCAGGCUUUCCCCUCAAACAGGUGAAACCACACGAGGGAGUAGGGAUCAGCCACCCCUCGGCCAUCCCGACAAAUCCUGGGGAUUCCAGGCCUCAAGGCACUUUCAGGGCACAUCAGUACCACCCUCAGCCCACUGCUCGUGGCCUUGUGACCCACAGAGCACUGGCAGAGGCCCCUCCCAGACUGCUUCCUCUGUCCCAAAUGUCUCCUGCACUUGCCUGUCUCUACACCUUUGCCUGUAUUAGUCCCUCCUGCUGGAAAAACCUUUCCCUGCACAUUUCAUCUUGUCCAAAUUGCACACAUCCUUCAAGGCCCAGAUAAAAUCUUUUCCAGAUUCCCACCCUCCCUUCUCAAGGUGACUGGAUUUCCAUCCACCUCUGCCUCCCCCAGCCUGGUGUGUCCUGACCAUUCCUUGCCUCUGAGCCCAGACUGUCCAUCUUUACAGGCACCCAGAUGCUCUACAUCCUUACAGGCAGGCACCCAUCACGCAAAUGCUGUGUGUCCUUAGGCAAAUCACUUGACCUCUCUGAGCCCAGAUUCCCCACCUAUAGAAUGGGGCUAAUAGCCAUGCUUAUUUCAUCAGUUGUGAGGCUUAAGCUGAUCCUUGUUAACACUUAGAACAGUGCCUGGCACAUGGCAGGCACUCAAUAGUUUGUUACUAAUGUCUCUAUUUUAGGGACAGCUACCUGGUGGGCACUAAGGAAGCUUCCCUCCUUGCUUUCUUCUCCUAGAGUGUUUGUGGGAUGGGGUCAAAGGUCAACAAGCCUAGGGACAGGUGCCAGGAGGAGGGACAUUCCUCUCCCACCAGCUCCCCUCCCAGCUGCCAAGGCAUCUGCUGGCCUGCGAGGCAGGGCUGCUCUGGCCCAGCCCCUCCUCAGCCCCAACACCAGCCCUUCUUCCCUGGCACCCCAGCUCAGGUUUCCUCCCCAAGUGCCCCUGACACCUCCCACCGCCGCAUUUUUCAUCCACCUCACUCUUUGCCAGAAAUAGCCUCUAAACUCCAUUCACUGACAGCUACACUAGCAGGGCCCUCCUGGAAAAAUGGUAUCACUCCUCUGCCAGCGUGGAUCACAGCAAUACACUGGAUUCCAUGAAGAAACCAUUCCAAGUCAGUGGAAAGGGGGGGCAGCUGUACCCCAACAAUUUCAUCCAAAAAGUGCUCAGCACCAUCCUAAAACCUGUCAGCUUCAGUCAGAACAAGCUUCCUUGACAGAUGAGGAUACUGAGGUCUGGAUCAGGGGCUGACUUGGCCAGUCACUCACUGACUCUGAACUGCGUCUUCCGAACCCCAGGCAGGACUCUUCUCCUCCCUCCCACCCUCUCUCACUCCCUGCCCCACUACCUCCCCACCCCCACGUGGGGCCUCCCUGUUCUGCUCUCCGGAAGAGCUGAGGGCAGGGUGUUGUGAUUAAUCCAGCUUUCCUGAUAAAGAGUAUGUCUGUGCUUCGUGGAGCACAGCCCUCAGCAUAGCUGGUGGAGAGGAGCUCUGCUCUCUGCAAAUAGCCCCCCAUUGUCCUGGGAGAACAACCCCUGCCUCCCUCUCAGUCCAUGCAGUCUGGUCAAGCUGACCGCAUUCCCUUGGUGGCCAGAUGAUCUCAUGACCCAGGAUCAGCCAAUCAACACCCCAGCACUUGGUUCAGGGUGGGCAGGAAACCCACUCACCAAUCAGGGCCUCCGUGUGACUUUUUCUGGAGCCCCUGGGGAAGAAACUUGCAUCCGCUGGGAUUGAUGAGCUACUGAAGCAUGAACCUGGAGCUGCUAUGGGUCAUCUUGCCAUCACACAUAGAAAGCCUGCCUCAGAGCAGAGCUAGCAGAGAGGAAAAUACAGCCUUGAAGUUUCUGGAAGGCACCCUUUGAGCACCUGGAUCCAGCCAUGCCUGAAGCUCUAGGGCCCUAGACUUUCAGCUACAUGUACCAAUAAAGUCCCUUUAUUUCUUAA